CAAUCAUAAUCUAAAAUUUCCUUUAUCAUAAAAGUACUUGUUAACUCAAUCACAAUCCCAAGCUCUCCUCGUCAAUCUCUCCCCUCUUAAUUACUCUGAUUUUGAUUCUACGAAACCCACUCUUUCAAUUUCAGAUCUAAACCCCAAAUGCUUCAUUGGGUUUUCCUCUCUCAGAAAACCCCAUUCCCAAUUCCUUACUUUUGAAUUUCCGUUAACAUGUCUGGAGCCAUAGACAUGGAUCACGUCGCUUUUUCCAAACCUAAAUCAUCUCCGGCCACUUCUCAGGCCACCGAUCGCGGCCGCGGUAAGAAAACGGCUUCAAUUUCAAUGGAUCAUGUUCUUUUGGCUUUGCGUGAGACUAAAGAAGAAAGGGAUCUUCGUAUUCGGAGUUUGUUCAAUUUCUUUGAUGCUACCGAUGAAGGUUACUUGGAUUAUCCUCAUAUUGAAGCGGGGUUGUCUGCACUUCAGAUACCGCCGGAGUAUAAAUAUGCUAAGGAGCUUUUCAAGGUUUGUGAUGCUGAUAGAGAUGGGAGAAUUGAUUAUCAAGAUUUUAGACGUUAUAUGGAUGAUAAAGAACUUGAACUUUAUAGGAUUUUUCAAGCUAUUGAUGUUGAACAUAAUGGGUGUAUUCUACCUGAAGAACUUUGGGAUGCACUUGUCAAGGCUGGGAUUGAAAUUGAUGAGGUGGAACUUGCACGCUUUGUUGAGCAUGUUGAUAAGGAUAAUAACGGAAUUAUCACUUUUGAAGAAUGGAGAGAUUUUCUUCUACUUUAUCCUCAUGAGGCAACCCUUGAAAAUAUAUAUCAGCAUUGGGAGAGGGUGUGUCUUGUAGACAUUGGAGAACAAGCUGUCAUUCCUGAAGGCAUCAGCAAACAUGUGCACAGGAGCCGAUAUUUUAUCGCCGGGGGAAUAGCAGGAGCUGCUUCUCGCACAGCAACUGCCCCUCUUGAUCGUCUAAAGGUGGUAUUACAAAUUCAGACUGGAAAUGCUUCAAUUAUGCCAGCAGUAAUGAAGAUAUGGCAACGUGACGGUUUAUUAGGGUUUUUCCGAGGUAAUGGUUUGAAUGUUGUGAAGGUUGCACCAGAGAGUGCCAUCAAGUUUUACGCCUACGAAAUGCUGAAAAAUGUAAUUGGAGAUAGUCAAGGGAACAAGUCAGAUAUUGGGACCGCCGGAAGACUUUUUGCAGGUGGCAUGGCUGGUGCCAUUGCGCAGAUUGCUAUAUAUCCUCUGGAUCUAAUCAAAACUAGGUUACAAACUUGUGCCUCUGAAGGUGGAAAGGGUCCUAGGCUUGGAACACUUACCAAAGAUAUAUGGGUCCAAGAGGGACCCCGCGCUUUCUAUAGAGGGCUUGUUCCGUCUCUUCUUGGUAUAAUUCCUUAUGCAGGCAUUGAUCUCACUGCCUAUGACACCUUGAAAGAUUUAUCCAAGAAAUAUAUUAUUUAUGACAGAGAACCUGGUGCUCUAGUACAACUCGGCUGUGGAACGGUUUCGGGAGCUCUUGGAGCUACUUGUGUCUACCCACUGCAGGUUAUUCGCACAAGGUUGCAGGCACAGCCUACAAACACUUCUGGUGCUUACAAUGGAAUGUCUGAUGUUUUUUGGAAAACCCUUAAGGACGAAGGCUAUCGAGGGUUCUACAAGGGACUCAUUCCAAAUCUCCUCAAAGUUGUGCCGGCUGCAAGCAUUACUUAUAUGGUUUAUGAAAAUAUGAAGAAGAGUUUAGAUCUUGAAUAGAGUUUGUUAUAGUUAUUGCCAAUAGCUAAUUUCAAAUGUUGUAUAGGAUGUCAUGAAUUGUUGAUGGUGACAAAAAAAGAGCGAUUAACUAAUCCUGUAGGCACUAUAACAAGUAGUGAUUCUUCGAGGGUGUUAGAACAUGAUUUGUAGUCAGAAAGUUUUUCCCCAUGCUUAUCUGAACUAAAUGAUUGAGAAUUUAGGACUGCGUUCUCUCUAUACUAAUUUAUUAGGCAGUGUCCAAUUGCAUAUGUACUUUGCUGGUUAUUAAUUUCUUAUAGAAAAAAUUGAAUAUAUCAUUAACACAGACAGAUUGGCGCAUGACUUUGUAGUGGUGGAUAUAAUUGAUUGUUGACACUCUUAUGAGGUUUAUGAAACAACAAUAGGUUCAGUGAUUUUUUGCAUAGUAAUAUACAUUGUUACAAGUUGAUCUGUUUGCGACAAUUUUUGUUUUACUGUUGAACUCUAGAUGCAUGUGCAAAGAGCAUUUGUUGAUUUUUUUUUUUGAUUGUUGUGGUGUUUGUAAUCGAAUAAUUGCUUAGAGCUCAGAUCUCUGAUUGCGUGUUUGGAAUUGCGGUAGAUAGUUUAACCUAAGUUCCAAGUUUGUAACACAGUUUUGCCGAAGUUCCAAACACUCACUGAUGUGAGAGUUUGAAAUUCAUUUUUAAAAAGUACUAGACAUCAUGUUGGUAGUUAGGUGAGGUGUAUAAAUGUCAUGAUAGUUUUAGGAUGUACAUGGGUUAUUUGAUUGCAUAAAUAUUCACAUAUAAUAUGCAGUGCACCAUUAUUGUUCAUGACUUUCUAUUGCAGAGUGGAGAUGUUAUGCUCAAGAAUCAUAGACAACAAAUGGACACGCCUUCAUCGCAUAAAUCCGAAAAAUCAUAGACAACAAACAUGUUUACUGUACAAGGUAAAUGUUGACAGUGGAAAACACUUAAGUUUUCUAUGUGACAACAAACUCCUUACCAUUUUAUUCAUGGCUUGCAGCAAAAACAGAGGUAAAAACAUUACAAUACCAGUUACUAUCACUGUUUACGCUGUUUGCCUUAACAGACACAUACUAUCACAGUUAAUAUCAAAUUAACUUGUUUAAAGAAUGAGUGGAAAGAGAAACAAGUACAACACUAAAUAAACAUUGAUUAAAGAUGAAAUUGCAGACUGUGUUUGAUUUGACGCAGUUGUCGGAAUCACCAGUGAGGUGAAGUUGCAGCUUUGUGAAUGGAACCUGGAAGAAAGGCUUUGCCUUCCCUUAGCCUAUAUGAAUUGCCUUUUAGUUUCAUGCUUCUCUCUUCAAAAGGUGAGAAGCAUAAUGUUCAAGAACUGAAUACAUUUGCUUUCAUCCUCUUCAUCUCCUUCUUCCUCCAUAUUCUGGCUUUUACUUGGCUUUUAGAUUAUAUAGAUUUGAUGGCCUCUUGAAUAAAGGACAAUCAACAAUGGGGGAAGGGUUCUU